AUGAGUGGCGAAGAUAAAGGAUUAAGUGCAGGUAGUGAUGAAGACAUGUGCGGUGUUUCAACGCCAAAGAUAAAGAAGAUGCAAAGAGGUGAGUUGCCAAAAAGUCAGAAACUUCAGCUCAGGCUUCACCAAUACCGCACUACAUGGGCGCAGGAUCCAGCGUUUCGAUCAUGGACAGCAAAUGACCCUAAUAACUGCUAUAAGGGUAUUGCGACUUCCACUGGACACCAGAUCGGCACUGUCGUGUACCGUGCCCCAGCUCCCCCUGUCUUGGCUCUCCCUGGGUUCUACACGCUGUCUACAGGCAGUCUACACGCCGUAUACAGGCAGUCUACGGGCAGGCCCUCUACACCGCGCCGCACGGCUGGGUUCUACACGCUGUCUACAGGCAGUCUACACGCCGUCUUCAGGCAGUCGACGGGGAGGCCCUCUACGCCGCGCCGCGCGGCUGGGUUCUACACGCUGUCUACAGGCAGUCUACACGCCGUCUACAGGCAGUCUACGGAUGGGCCCCCUACGCCGCGCCGCACGGCUCUCCCUGGGUUCUACACGCUGUCUACAGGCAGUCUACACACCGUCUAUAGGCAGUCUAUGGGCAGGCCCUCUACGCCGCACCGCACGGCCAUUCCUGGGUUCUACACGCUGUCUACAGGCAGUCUACAUGCCGUCUACUGGCAGUCUACGGGCAGGACCCCUACGCCACACCGCACGGCUCUCCCUGAGUUCUACACGCUGUCUAUAGGCAGUCUACACGCCGUCUACAGGCAGUCAACGGACGGGCCCCCUACACCGCGCCGCACGGCUCUCCCUGGGUUGUACAAACUGCCCACAGGCAGUCUACACGCCGUCUACAGGCAGUCUACGGGCAGGCCCUCUACGCCGCGCCGCACGUCUCUGCCUGGGUUCUACAAACUGCCUACAGGCAGUCUACACGCCGUCUACAGGCAGUCAACGGACGGGCCCCCUACACCGCGCCGCACGGCUCUCCCUGGGUUCUACACGCUGUCUAUAGGCAGUCUACACGCCGUCUACAAGCAGUCUACGGGCAGGCCCUCUACGCCGCGCCGCACGUCUCUGCCUGGGUUCUACAAACUGCCUACAGGCAGUCUACACGCCGUCUACAGGCAGUCUACGGGCAGGCCCUCUACACCGCGCCGCACGACUCUGCCUGGGUUCUACAAACUGCCUACAGGCAGUCUACACGCCGUCUACAGGCAGUCUACGGGCAGGCCCUCUACACCGCGCCGCACGACUCUGCCUGGGUUCUACAAACUGCCUACAGGCAGUCUACACGCCGUCUACAGGCAGUCUACGGGCGGGCCCUCUACGCCGCGCCGCACGGCUCUCCCUGGGUUCUACACGCUGUCUACAGGCAGUGUACACGCCGUCUGCAGGCAGUCUACGGGCAGGCCCCCUACGCCGCGCCGCACAGUGGCCGGGCCGGGUCCCGCGCACCCACGCGCCCGGCUCGCAGCCCCGCCGGCUAUCGACCGGCCCACAGCCGGCUCGGCGCGUCUGGCUGCCGGCUGCCCGCCCGCCGCAGCCUGGAACGCCACGGCACGCCGCACCGCCGCCAUUCAUUAA